AAUGCGAGCGAACCAGACCACAGUGGGGGGAUAUUUUUUGGCUGGUCGUUCCAUGACAUGGUGGCCAAUAGGAGCUUCCUUGAUGUCAAGUAACGUUGGCAGCGGAUUGUUCAUUGGACUCGCAGGAACGGGAGCAGCUGGGGGCAUUGCUGUCGGAGGAUUCGAGUGGAAUGCAGCCUGGGUUCUGGUGGCUCUGGGUUGGAUCUUUAUCCCUGUCUACAUCUCUGCUGGUGUGGUCACCAUGCCUGAAUACCUCGCUUUACGAUUCGGAGGCCGCAGGAUUCGCAUUUACAUGUCCGUUUUAUCCCUCAUACUUUACAUCUUUACAAAAAUAUCGACAGAUAUCUUUUCAGGGGCGCUCUUCAUCCAGGUGUCACUCGGCUGGAAUCUCUAUGUGUCUACUGGAAUAUUGUUAGUGGUGACGGCGGCGUACACCGUGGCAGGUGGAUUGACAGCAGUCAUCUACACCGAUGCGCUCCAGACUCUGAUCAUGGUUGGUGGAGCCCUUUCACUGAUGUUCAUAGCUUUCAUCAGGGUGGGCUGGUAUGAGGGCCUAGUGGAGCAGUACAUGUGGAGCAGUCCCACGGUGACGGUGGCGAACACCACCUGCCACCUUCCUCGUUCUGAUGCUUUCCAUAUGUUCAGGGAUCCCCUAUCUGGAGAUUUGCCUUGGCCUGGUUUAAUCUUCGGCCUCACUGUUUUGGCCACGUGGGUCUGGUGCACCGAUCAGGUCAUCGUUCAGAGGUCGCUGUCAGCCAGGUCCUUGUCCCAUGCUAAAGGAGGCAGCGUUUUGGGGGGGUACCUGAAACUGCUGCCCAUGUUCUUCAUUGUAAUGCCCGGCAUGAUAAGCCGAGCGCUGUUCCCAGAUGAGAUCGGCUGCGUGGAUCCAGAGCUGUGUCAGAGGAUCUGUGGAACAUCGGUUGGCUGCUCCAACAUUGCUUACCCGAAACUGGUGGUGGAAUUAAUGCCUGUCGGUUUGCGUGGUUUGAUGCUGGCGGUGAUUCUGGCGGCUCUGAUGUCAUCUCUGACAUCCAUUUUCAACAGCAGCUCCACCAUCUUUACUCUGGACCUGUACCACCGAGUAAGACCAGGAGCUUCAGAGAUGGAACUGAUGAUUGUUGGGAGGGUUUUCGUCCUGGUCCUGAUGUGUAUCAGUCUGGUGUGGAUUCCAGUAAUCCAGACAGCCAACAGUGGAAAGCUCUUUGAGUACAUCCAGUCUGUGACCAGCUUUCUGGCCCCGCCCAUUACUGCUGUCUUCAUCAUGGCCAUUUUCUGGCCUCGGGCCAAUGAACAGGGAGCUUUCUGGGGUCUGAUUGUGGGCCUGGUUGUGGGACUGGUCCGGAUGAUUCUGGAGUUCUGCUAUGCUGCCCCGUCCUGCGGUCAGCCUGAUGAUCGGCCCUCGGUUUUAACUGCUGUCCAUUACCUGUACUUUGCUCUCAUCCUCCUGGCUCUCACCUGCAUAGUGAUUGUUGCUGUCAGCCUGCUGUCUGCGCCCAUACCAACAGAACAUCUCUACAGAUUAACCUGGUGGUCCAGGUUCAGUGUGGAGCCUCGCAUCGACCUCACGCCCCCUCAGACAGCGCCUGACCCCGUGGACAGCAUCAGCCCAGGAAGGGAACAGCCUACAUGGAAGAGAGUAGCUCUGCGUCUCUGCGGCCUGAAUCAAACGUCUCAAUCAGCAGCUCCAAACACAGAACAGACCGAUCUGCACUUCCUGCACGAGGAGUCAGUCUGGAGGAGAGUCUGCAACUUUAAUGCUCUGCUGCUGCUGGCGGUCAACGUCUUUCUCUGGGGAUACUUUGCAUGAAGUUUGAUUUCCAACUGUGAUGGAAGAUUACAAAAUCAUUGUUGCUCUUCAGUCUUCUGGUUGCUUCUCCUCAUGAAUUGAGAUGUUUCAGUCUUUAAACUGACUUUAAACUUUUAGAAUUAAUGCAGAAACCGCGAAAUAGUGAAACGGCAGGAAGGUGAUUUGUUUUAACAAUGACUUUUAUUCUG